AUGCCAACCUCACAGAUCGCAGAUGCCGCCGCAGUAGUCCUGAAUGCGCCCUCGCUCCCGGUCGACAGCUACACGGUGAUUCGGCAUCCGCUGCAUUAUGCCAGUGAGAUGGGGAACAGGGACGUCCGUGGCGAGAUUGCGCGGUGGGCGGGUGAGCGGUAUGGGCUGAGGGAGGAGAUUGGGUUAGAGCGAAUCCUGAUGACAUCCGGCGCCUCGUUCGGGCUUAUGAAUCCCUGCCUACUUCCUGGCCGCCAAAGUAUUCGAAGAUGCCGGUUUCACCAACAAAUUAACCGCCAUCUCCUCGACCGCCACCAGCAUCGACCUCCCUCCCUGUGCCGUCACCUACACCACCUCAACGCCACCACCCCCGACAUCCCCCUCUCCGCCGGCCUCGCUCCAAUCUCCCACGACGGCGCCGCCCCAAAACGCAUCUACAAGUACGUCCUGUACUGCGUCCCCACAUACUCCAACCCCACGGGGCAGACCUGGGACCUUGCGACGCGCCGGGAGCUGGUACAGCUCGCGCGGGAAUUCGACGUGCUGCUGGUGUCGGACGAUGUGUACGACUUUCUCGGGAACGAGGGCGACAAGUGUGCGCUUGGGGAGGACGGGAAGCUGUUACCCAGGCUGGUCACUGUUGAUCGGGAGAUCAUGGAGGAGGAGGGGGAGCUAGAGCAGGGGGCGGGGUUUACGGUCAGUAACUGCUCGUUUUCGAAGCUGUUGGGGCCGGGGUUGAGGUGUGGCUGGAUCGAGACUGCGACGAGUGUACUGGCGGAGCAGAUCGGCCAUGGGGGCGCCAACAUCAGUGGCGGCAACUCCUCCCACUUCGUCUCCACACUGAUCCACCACGUCGUCAAAACACGCGCCAUCGACGCCAUCAUCACCACGCUCCGGCAGACCUACACCUCGCGCAGCGGCGCCAUCGCCGCCGCAAUCCGCGCGCACCUCCCAGCGGGGACCGAGAUCUGUGGGGGCCACGGCGGCUUCUUCAUGUGGGUCGGUCUACCUCCGGGCUACGACGCCCGCAAGAUUGUGCGCAUGGCCGAGGAGCAGGGGAGGAGGGCGGGGGGUGAGGGUGAUGAGUGGGGAUAUGACAGAGUGCCCCGGGGAGAGGAAUAG